CGGGGCGCUUUUGCGGAAGCCGGCGGCGUCCGGUCCAGCCUCCUCCGGGAGCAAGCAGUUGGCGACCUCGCGCUAACCCGCGCAACUCUUUCCCGAUCCCCGAGUUCUCACACGGUGUCCGGACAGAUCGAAGCCAUGGCCAUUCUUUUUGCUGUUGUUGCCAGGGGAACCACUAUCCUUGCCAAACAUGCUUGGUGUGGAGGCAACUUCCUGGAAGUGACAGAGCAGAUUCUGGCUAAGAUACCUUCUGAAAAUAACAAGCUAACGUACUCACACGGCAAUUAUUUGUUUCAUUACAUCUGCCAAGACAGGAUUGUAUAUCUUUGUAUCACUGAUGAUGAUUUUGAGCGUUCCCGAGCCUUUAAUUUUCUGAAUGAGAUAAAAAAGAGGUUCCAGACUACGUAUGGUUCAAGAGCACAAACAGCGCUCCCAUAUGCCAUGAAUAGUGAGUUCUCAAGUGUCUUGGCUGCACAGCUGCAUCACUCCGAGAAUAAAGGCCUAGAUAAAGUGAUGGAGACUCAAGCCCAAGUGGAUGAACUUAAAGGAAUCAUGGUCAGAAACAUAGUCUGUCACCUUCAAAACAACCAGCAGAAAUCUUGCCCGAGCCAUGUGUAUGAAGAAUCUCAAGCUCACAAUCAUCAUCAUCAUCAUAUCAGUCGUAUUCAUCUAUAUUAUUGUGUCACCACUCUGUGGUGGAUUUACAUGGCCAAGCUGUGUGAAGAAAUAAAAAAGUUAUCAUUAACCAAGGAUACAAGAGAACAAGGAGUUAAAAGCAAUCCGUGUGAUUCAAGCCUUUUAAUACUGACAGAUGGUGUCUGCCAGUCUCUUCAACCCUCUUCUUUCUCUCUUUUUUUUAAUAUUCUUCUAUGCCUCCAGAUUUAUCAUUGUCCUAUCAACCAAUUUAUUCCAGUGCACUUCAGACUGAACCAUUUAUUGCAGCAGUAGCCUUAAAAAGGCAUUUUGUUUCUUUGGUUUGUUAACUAGUGUCAUCUACUUAUAGAUACAUUUUUGUUUAUAACUGCACAAAGCUAUCACCAAGGUAGAAACCACCUGUCUUAUGAGCUGUCUACUGAAAUUAUGGAUGACCUUUGUGCACACAAAAGUUCAAGAGACAGAUAGUAUUGCUAACACCUUGUCUUAAUGUCUUUUGAUUUUGAAGGGUUUUAAGUGCUUGAAAAUAAAAUACUUGGAAAAUUGUUGUUAUUUGGGGAAUUGUAAUUAAUUGUUGGUAUUUCUAGGAGCCCAAGCAGGUAAAGUAUUAAACAUUUUAUCUCAGUCAGAUGGGGAACGUUUUGCUAGCCUGUUAGAAGCAACAGAAUUAUCCUUGUCUGCCUAUUAUUAACUUUUAGGAAGAAAGUUUUGAUCAUUCACAAACCUCGCAGAGCUUGAUAUCCUCUGUUUCCCCAUUGCAGUUGAUUUGAGAAGACGGUGGUUUAAAUAUUGUUGAAGGUUGUGGUUUUUUACAUAUUCCUUUUUCUUUGGUGGAUAUUUAGGGCAAUUGUAUAGAUAAUAGAAUGGGUAGUGGAGGGAGUGGGGAGACACAUUCCUCUGGCUCACCAAAGAAAAAGAAGAGAACCACAGUGGAAAAGCCCAAACUGAAUAUAGUCAGCAAUCAACUCCAGGGUUUGGGUUUGACUGGUGUUGAAUAGUAGUUUGAGCAUCCUUUGUGGUUAAUAAGUUCUUUAAUCUGCCUAGUUUUGAAGAAUUCUUUUGGGAAACUUGAGAGUAGACAGUAUGAUACAUAGAAACAGUACAAGACAUUUUAGCUAACAUCCAUGUAACUGCAGUGUGAAAAAAACUGGAGUGUAAUCAUACUGCUUUGGCUACUCUGGCAUCUGUUAGCUAGUGUGUACUUCUGGUGUGUAUCUGAAAGGACAGCAUUUGCUGCCCUAGAUCUAAUUGCAUUUAUUUAUCAAUAAAUGCCAGUAAAUGGAAAUUAUAUUACAUUUGACUAUUUUCCCAAUGAAAGAACAAAUUGGUCUGUAAAACCUAGUCACCUGUUUAGCCUAAUCAUGUGCCUUGAAUAUUUGUGUGUCACAUAAUCUGGCACCUGCUACCUGUUCUUCCAUCUAUACCUUUCAAUUCAUGCUGAUUCGUUUAUUUGACAUAUUUUCAACCCCCGGAACUCUUUUCCUGGUGAUCAUGUAUAGUGCAAAUGUUUUUUCAGUCCUCUUUAUCAACACUAAUGCCUUUUAAUUACAUCAGCAUUUCCUAUUGGAAAACACAUUUGUUCCAUGAAAACAUUUGGCAUUCCUUAAUAAUAAUUUCCAAAUGUCUUUAAUCCAAAGAAAAAGACUUAAAGCUUAUUUCCCUUUCUUAUACACACCUGAAUAAAAAUGAUGUGCAUGUUUUAGGGAUAAAUUACUUAACCAUCCCUUGAUCUAUUUAUGUAUAAGAAUGCUUUUUAAAGCACAUAUCUUGUUUUAAAUGAUGCACAAACUGAAGGCAUUAAUAAAAUUUAAGAGUAAUACAAUGAGUUGCUU